AUGUCGUUCAACUUCAAAUGGCCCACCUUCUCGGAGGAGUUCCACGCGAGCGCUGCUCAGAUGCUCAAUAGCGCGCUAAACCGCGGCCCCAAACCGAAAGUGAUUGCCGAUGACAUUCUUGUCGAGGAGCUCGGCAUGGGCACCAUCCCACCGGAGCUCGAAAUCCUCGAGAUUGGAGACCUCGGCACCGAUCGCUUUCGCGGCAUCUUCCGGCUCACGUAUGCGGGCGAUGCUCACCUGGUCUUAAAGACAAAGGUGCAGGCAAACCCGCUCUCCAAACCCAACCGCCCGGACAUCGGCCUCUUUCCAUCCUCGAAUGCUUCUAGAGGCAUUCUCUUUGCAGCCGCGCCGCUGGUCGUGCCGAUGCAUCUGAGGCUGUCCUCCGUCAAGCUCCGCGCCAUCGUCGUGCUCGUCGUCUCCAAGGCAAAAGGCAUCACGCUCGUCUUCAAGAACGAUCCGCUCGAAAGCGUCGAAGUCAGCUCAACCUUUGACAGCGUCGCCGUCAUCCAAAAGUACCUGCAGCAGGAGAUCGAGGGCCAACUCCGCGAAAUGUUCAGAGAGGAUCUGCCCGGCAUCAUCCACAGACUCAGUCAAAAGUGGCUUAGCGGCGAAGUCAAGUCCGAAAAGGAAAAGACCAAGCAGAACACCGACCCAGAGGGCUCGAUACCUCGCGCCAAUGCGUCGAGGACGAAGGAACCUGCGCUGCCACGCUCCGCCAGCGAGCCACUCGCCGUGCUCGAGACCGCCUCGGCCCCGGGCGGAUCGAUGAAGCGAAGCCCUUCAAAGAGCAAAAGAGCAUCCCAAUCCAGAUCGGGUGAAAGCACGACCGGCGUUGCAGCAUCACCCGGACGAUCGCCUCCAAAACCACGCAGCAACGUGCGUCGCUCCCGCCAUGUGGCUAAAGCUGCUUCAACUUCAGCAGCCCUCUUGCACAACGAACUGCCAUCCACACACGCCUCGCCAUUCGACGCUGCUUUCCCCGACAUUGAGAACUACGAUCCCACCUAUGGAUUGCGUCCGGACGAUCUGCCCACACAUAGCGGCUUCUCCGGCCUAGGCCGUCUGGCCCAGCGCAAUCUCGGUGGCCUGAAGGAUCUCACCGCCUCGCCGACGUUCGCAAGUCCAGACAUGCCAGGCAACGACAUUGAUCUGGACGAAGCCGCCUUCGAGGACUUUGACCGCGCGUCGGACGAAGCUUAUUCGGACCUGGACGAGCAGCAGGAUGCUCUCAGCGGAUCUCAGACCGACGACGUUGAGACUGACGCUGAUCAAGGUGUUGUUUCGGAUGACUUUGGCGAUGACGUAUCGGACCUGGAAGAGAAUGAUCAGAGCGACUUCAUCGACACUUCCAUCGACUACACUCGCUUUGGCUAUCCUCCAGCUUCGGCUGCCUUUUCCGACACUCAAGAGCUCAACCGCGCAUCCUCAAUCAUCUUUGACGACGAGCCCCAGUCGCGUUCGCGGCGCGGAAAUCCUCCGUCUUCUUCCGGUCGCUCAGGAGCCCGCGCUCGACGACCUUCGUCGAGUCGUUCCGAGAAGUCGACCGCGUCUGCUGCUCAGAGGAGAAAGCCGCAGCCCGCCGUCGUCUACGAGACCAUCCCGGCCGUCGGCGGCGGUAUUGUCACCCGCCCCCGUGUGUACCACAUUGCAAGCAAAGUGCAGCCGCCCGAGGUCGACUGGGACGACGAGGAUACAGCUCGACCAUCCCAGUACGGAGGCACGCCUUCCACCCGAACAGGCGCCACACGCUUCGGUUCCGACUUCGGCAGCGCCACCAUCGGUGCACAUAGCUCGCGGACCAAUACGAUCCGAGGCGCACACGACUCUCCUCACCUCGGCGCGGCUUUCGUGUCGCGCGACAGCAGUGAGGAGAGCCUUCUGGACCUUCCACCCGAGUCGUUCCACAGCAGCGACGCCUCGUUUCAGCAACCCUUCGUUGCCUCCGACGCCGCCCAUUCUUCCGCUUCCGACUCCGCUUCGAGGACCGGUCGGGGACCGUCGGCGUUGGGGUCGACCAGUCGGCAGUCUUCAUCACGCGAUCUGUCGGAUGUCCAGUGGGACCACAGCGCAGCCAGCACUGCACCAACCUCGUCGCAGUCCCAGACUUGGGACGUGCACACCAAGAGCGAUGCCAGCAACAAGGCUGUUGGCACCAAGAUGAGAUCCGAAGCGCCUUCCGAUUCGGGCGUUCAGUUCCGUAAGAACAAAAGCACCAGCCACAACCGGUCCAAGACGAUGGGCAAUGGUGACCCUGCUAAAUUCAUGGCACGGCGCGCCGGUGAAGGGCCGGGUAUGUCGGCUACCCCUGCGCGCGCACGAGCAGCGGCGGCGUCGCGACCCGGCUUCAUCACUUACGCAGCGUCGCCGCCGGGCGACUCGCUCAGCUGGCAGCAGAGUCCUCCGACUCAUCGCGCUAUGGAUCGAGAGGCGGCUCUCUCCACAUCUCCCUCGGGCGCACAAGACAUGCUGUCCACCUCGCCUUUCCGGAGCUCGAGCCUGCAUCAUGGAAGUCCGCGCGGUCCCUCGUAUGUUGGCGGCCACUUUGCGAGUGCUAGCAACAGUCCGCAGACGGGCCAGUCGAGAGCUGCGCAGGGCUCGGCAGCUGCGCCCACGCGACUGUCGAUCGACGCAUCGGCGCACUUCCUCGACCUGGUCAAGUCCAAUCACACCCUCAGUCCGUUCACGCGCAACAUGGAGCACUUCACAGUGCGUAGCGCCCCAGUCACACCGGGAUGGCAGACCACUUCCGGCAACGCAAGCGUGGUCGGGAGCAGUGCUGCAAGCGGCACGGGCACAACAAGCGGAAGUUCCCAGACUGGCGCGCUGGGCAAACAGGGCAAAGGCAGCACAAGCGUCGCGGUGCAUUCGGCUGCUGAGCACAGGCAGCCACGCGAUUCAAAUACACCCCCUGCCUCUGCCAACACACCCGCGAGACGGCGCCGCACUUUCCAGCUGGGAGCCUCGAGCUCGCCCGACGAGCAGCAGUCUACGCCCAAAGCGGAUCGUCGCCAAGCAGAUCUGCGCACUGACGGCGGUUUCGCGUCGAGCGAGCAUGGCUUCGCCCCCUUCGCCGGCUCGGGCCCGAAGCCCUUCCAGGCUCCUGGAUCGUCGGCGUCUUCGAACGCCGAGUCGAGCAAGGGAAAGCGAUCGGCGAUCAAGGAUGCUCGUCGACGCAGCCGUCCCGAUUCGAUGGGCCCACCGUCGGAAGCGGCGCGCAUGAGUGCCCUACGCUGGGAGGCGAUCCGAGAGUAG